UGGUAGCAUCAUGAGCUGGAGUAGAGAUUGGGUCCUCUGUUGACACCUGUCACAGCUGUGCCAGCACUGGUGUGGAUGACACUUGACAAGUGUGUUUUUUCCAUGGGUGGAUGGCUGGGCUGUUGAGCUGCCUGUCUCUUCAAGAUCCGACUCUGAGCCAGUGUGGAAGGGGCUCUGUCUCAGCCACCUGCAUGGAUGUCAGAAGCUGGGUUCGAAGAAGAUGGCCGUGCCCGCCUGGGCUGGUGUUGCUGGUCUUCACCUCUUUGCUCAGCUGCCUGCUCACCUCCUGCCAGGCCAAGGUCUUUGGUCGCUGUGCGUUGGCCUCUGUGCUGCAGGACUAUGGCCUGGAGGGCUACCGGGGCUACAGCCUGGCCGAUUGGGUUUGCCUUGCUUACUAUACAAGUGGCUUCAAUACAGCUGCUGUGGAUCAUGAAGCUGAUGGGAGCACCAACAAUGGCCUCUUCCAGAUCAACAGCCGGAAGUGGUGCAAAAAUCUCAAUGCACAGACCCCCAACUUGUGCCAGAUGUACUGCACUGACUUGCUGAAUCCAAACCUCAAAGAUACUGUUAUCUGUGCCAUGAAGAUAGCUCAGGAGCCUCUGGGUCUGGGUACUUGGGAGGCCUGGCGACAUCACUGCCAGGGCAAGGACCUCACUGACUGGGUGGAUGGCUGUGACAUCUAGGACCUACUCUGGAUGAACCAGCCAUGCAUGGCAAGCUGGGAGAUGUGGUUUGAUUCUUCAUACAGGCUUGGGGAGAUAAGCUGAAUAAUAAAGUUUAAUUUAACAUAAA